UACCGCGAUUGCCAGCGCCGAGCAGUCGCUGUAUGGUAGUGAUUAAGUGAUGAACCUUCGUGAAUCGCGGAGAACAAUGCGGGCUACGUUACAUCUAUUGGCGCUUCUGGCGACUCUGUAUUUCGUCCGUGGCUCGCCAAUCGAUGUUCCUUUCGUCGGGGAACAUCCCGAUGAGAAGCUGACAGCUGUUAAUUUCACUGGUCGCAUAGUUAACGGUACAAAGGCCGUUUUGGGGCAGUUCCCUCAUCAGGUGUCUCUAAAGCGCAGCUGGUCCGAAAGGCACUUUUGCGGCGGGAGUUUAAUUAGCGCUUCUUUAGUUCUAACUGCAGGUCACUGCGUAUAUAUGAAUGGAGCCAAACAAGAACCAUGGGCGAUUUUUGUGGUUGGGGGAAUAGUAAAGUUGUACGGGAACAGUUCGACGCAACAGCGAAAGGACGUAAUAGACAUCAGGCUCCACCCGGAAUUUGAUCUUGAAAGCUUGCAUAACGACGUUGCCGUUUUGCAACUAUCGGACCCCUUUACGUUUACUCCGGCGGCCCGUAGUGUGCCCUUGCCAGGAUUUGCGCCCACGCCGUACACCGUUUGUCAGGUGUCUGGCUGGGGUUAUCCGUCGUCCAGUAUUCCGAUAACGUCCCCGGACUUGAUGUACGUGGAUCUGCCGAUUCGGAGCGUGAAAGAAUGUCGCGAACUGCUCAAAAACGAAACGGAUUUGCCACCGGGAAUGUUUUGCUCCGGUUACUUGGAGGGAGGGAGGGAUGCUUGCCAAGGUGAUUCUGGUGGCGGGAUGGUGUGCAAUGGAAUACUAACUGGAAUUGUUUCCGGUGGCAUUGGAUGCGCCCAGCCAAUGCUGCCCGGCGUGUACGCGGACGUUUUUCAUUACUUGGACUGGAUAUUAAACGGCACAGACGUAGUGGUGGUAGUGCAAAAACGUGAUUUAGGACAAACUGGAGAUUACGGUACGUCUACCACGUCAUCGGCUGUAAUUGUGAUAAUCUCCUUUCUCUUUUGUGCUGUUAUCAAUUAUACCUAGACCUUCGAGCCGAGAUCUCUUAUUGACACGUUGAUACACAUGUUUGAAGAUAUUAUUACACGAAGAAACAGUUUUUAUGGAUGUGAUUAUGUCAGGGUUUUACGUUAUUUGGAACGUAGCGCAGUCAUGUACGACUUGACGAAAGACACAUUUUAUGAAAGAAAUAAAAUUAAAAAUUGUGUAAGAUAAAACUAUAUUUGGAAUUUAUAAUUGUGAAAUAAAGUUGUUCAGGCAUUUAAACGAA